CACCUAUGUAUGUACAAUUGUGUAUAAUCGAGCCAUGUGUUGUGGUUAGGUUAUUCCAGGGUUAUUCACGUUUACUGAAAAAAAUAUAAAAUUGUAAUUUUUAAUAUAUCAAUUUAUUAUUUCAUCAUGCCUGCUGUAAACAGAAUUACAAAGCCAAUUACACAUAAGGGUAAAAAAGCUAUAUUGAAGAAGGAGCCUAAGUUGAUAGAAAAUGCUAAAGAAGCUUUGUGUCUCAAGGGUAAUCGCACGUCGCAAAUCGUUACAGAUAUUAUGAAGGAUUUGUAUGAUUUGAAGAAACCUAAUGUACAAAUGAUGAAACAGAAAAAUGACAUACUGCCAUUUGAGGAUAUUACACCUAUUGAAAAAUUUGCUUUUAAGUAUGACGCAUCUCUUUUCAUGAUGGCUACUCAUAAUAAGAAACGUCCACACAAUCUUAUAAUGGGUCGAAUGUACGAACAUAUGUUAUUAGACAUGAUAGAAUUUGGCAUAGAAAAUUAUAAAGGAUUGAAAGACUUCAAAGUUGAAAAAAUCACCUCAGGAAUAAAACCAUUGUUGAUAUUUAAUGGUGAACUCUUUGAAAGUAAUCAUGAAUAUGGAAGGAUCAAAAAUUUACUCGUUGACAUGUUCCUUAGAGAAGAGGUUCAAAAGAUCAGAUUGCAAGGUCUUGAACAUGUUUUAAGCUUCACAGCUGUCGAGAAUAAAAUACUUCUGCGUAGUUAUAGGAUACUUUUAAAAAAAUCUAACACGAGAACACCUAGGAUAGAACUCGUAGAAAUAGGACCACGUGCUGAUUUAGUGUGUAGGCGUAACAAGUUUGCCUCUGAAGACUUAUUCAAUCGAGCUUGUCGGAAACCUAACGCACUCAAGGCAAAGACGAAAAAGAAUAUUUCUAAAGAUACAUUUGGAACAACAUAUGGCCGUAUACAUAUUGGCGCACAAAAUAUUGUCGGUAUUCAGACAAGGAAGAUGAAAGGCUUAAAAAAAACAUUAUCGGAAAAAAAUACCCAAAAAAGAAAAAUUGCUGAUGAUAAUAACGAUGGUGCAAAGAAAUUAAAAGAAAUUAAUGAUUGAGAGAUUGAUUGAUUGGGGUAUUUACAAUUAAAUAAAAAGAAUGUAAUUUUAAUACAUUUUUAUUUAAAAUAUGAUUAUUGUUUCCAA